GCAGGCGGAGGGAGGUGCGGGGCGGCGGUGCUCAGCUCUCGCGAGAGCUGCCGCGCGGGGAAGCGCGGUGCGCGGUGGGAGCUCGCUCCUUUCCGUCCGCCCGGCCAUCUUGGCGGCGAGUCUCCGGUACCGCCCGACCCGACGCGAGGCAGCAACAUGGUGGCCGCGAAGAAGACGAAAAAGUCCCUAGAGUCCAUAAACUCUAGGCUUCAGCUGGUUAUGAAAAGUGGUAAAUAUGUAUUAGGAUACAAACAGACUCUGAAAAUGAUUCGUCAGGGCAAAGCCAAGUUGGUCAUCCUAGCCAACAACUGCCCUGCUCUGAGAAAAUCAGAGAUUGAGUACUACGCUAUGCUCGCCAAGACUGGUGUCCACCACUAUAGCGGCAACAACAUCGAAUUGGGCACAGCAUGUGGAAAGUACUACAGAGUGUGCACACUGGCUAUCAUUGACCCAGGUGACUCUGACAUCAUCAGAAGCAUGCCAGAACAAACCAGCGAGAAGUAAAUGGUGUAAAGGAGUUAUUUCUACAAUAAAACUGGUUACAGAUCCAUUUUAACAAAAAUUUGUAUUAUAACGUUGGUUUUAGGGCACAAACUAUAUAAAUGAAGAUUCCUUACCACUGCUGUUUCCUGUUCUGUUAGAAAUAACCUUCACAGGACAAAACCUGCCUGUUUCUUUCUCUAGAAGUUGUGGGUCUCGAGAGGUAAGUGGAGGAGGACGUAAUCAUGGGAAGUAUGGUGCCAAAUCCCAGCAGGCUAGGGCUUCCGUGGUUUUUGGGUUUGGAGUGCUAAUGCGAAAACAAGGCAUAAUGUGAAGUACAAGCAAAUUUGAGAUGUUGGUGGGGGAUCCCAUAACGUUUACUUAAAAUUUAAAAAAUUCCCACUCCCAAGUCAAUCACAAAGUACUAAUGCAAGUUAUCCCCUUUCUUUUCUUUCCAAGAGAAUAUGUAUCUGUCAAGUGGUAAAUAAGAUGGCUAGGUGCUAGACAUGAUGUGUAACAACAUACUUCCAGUAAGAUGCCAGUUAACUUCUCAAAGCUGAUUUGAAAUUGGUCACUUUUUUAGCAUUUUGAAUACAAAGUCAUCUGUCUCUAACAACAUCUUCAAGUCACUGUUGCUGAGGACUCUGCUGUCUUACAGAUUUGUGCCCGUUUUGUGUGAGAUCAUGACUGCAGGACCUUGUUACUGAUUAUUGAGGUGCCAGUGUUUUGUUGACAUGCAGUAGAAGAAACACCUAAUGAAAACCAGUAUGUACUGGUAUCCUUGCAGAACUUGCAUUUGUUGGCCAAAGUAUGCCAAAGCACAAGGUACUUUUUAAAACUUGUUGCUUUGUAUCCAUGCAUGGCUCAUGAGCUUAUCUGAGAUCACUUAGUCUAGUUUUGCUGCAACUGCUUCAGUUACAGAAUGGAUGAAGCUGUGUAUUUCCAUUUGCAGAUAGUAAAGAGACAAACCAAUGUGUGUCAGAGCAAAGGUGGAAGUGCUGGUGUCUCCCCCUAUGCAACCACAGAUUUGGAUCAGUUCAAGAUAGCUUAGAUACUGCUAUGAUAAUCUAACUGCGGCUGUUAGUGUGAUGGUAAAGCAGAAGCAUGCUGUGGCUGCAAAGGGGAAAGGGUGAAAAUUAGAGCACUUCAGUUGGCCAGUAUGGCUGGAAGCAGUUUACUGUUUUCAUUUGUCUUAGGCGCAAACAGGCCUGCAGCUAGUUGUAUUGCUCAAAAAAUGUCCUCAUAAUUAAAAUACUGGUUGCAUUUAGGAAAAUUAAUGCUGAGCAAGGAACAGCAGGGAGAAGUUACGUGGUCUGGAUGUGGUAAGAGAACAAGUAUUUGAAACCUCAUAUUACGAUACUCUCCGAUAAUCCAGCAGCUUCCCACUUUCAUCACAGUUUCAACACAAAUUUGUGUUUUUACUUCCAGCUGAUUUCAGUAGUCGACUCAUGUUCAAAGACUGUUAAGCGAAACCUAAUUGCUGUGAAUGCUGUCCCACUUGUUCUCUGUGUGUGUGUAUAUAUAUAUAAAUAUAUAUCCACACAGACAGGGGUGCUUAAAAUACUAGCAGAGUGAGUAGCGGAGAGAAAUACAGAAAAGCAAGCCAAAUAAAUUCAUACCCUAAAAGUACUUCAAAACAUGGAGGUUUCACUUCAAAAAAUAACAGCAUUUUAUUGUUUUGCAUAGCUUAUUUCAGUUUAGUUCUGCUUAGUUAGAAUUUCUGCUGGUUACUAAAUCGUUUAUAUAAAAUUUUCAACAUUUUUUAUCUGCAAUCAAUGCAAGACAGAACACAUAGUAUAUAGAUGCAGGGAUCCAAAAUAUUCUUUUCAACUUCAGACACAAGGAUUUGUUAUUUUACUUAGAACCAGUUUAAGAAAAUAGCUCUGACAAGUUUGUAUGUAUAAAUAUACAGUGUAGUAUAGCCUUCAAAUUUUGGUCAGUAUUUUAGCCUGUUUUCCAAGUCUUCCAUUCUCUUUGUCAUUUCUUCCAGUAGACAGAAGUUAAGGAAAGAGAACUACUAACAUGAUGCAAUAAUAGAAGAGAGGUGUCAGUUGCCUGAUCGCUGUGGACUGUAAACUUGCAGUUCUUUCUCCUCUUUGUUGCCCUCUUUGACUCCCAGUAGUUUCUGGUAGAAUAUUCCCUGUAUUUUACUAUUUUACUAUUUACUAUUUUACUAUUUUACUAUUUACUGUAUUUACUGAGAAAGCUGUGUGAAGCCCUGUUCAUUAACUGGCAUACCUUGACAUGGAGUCCAGGCUGCAGCUUAUGGAAAAGGCAGGUAUUUCAGAAAACUGGCCACUUCCCUCUAUUUUAAAGGGAAGCUAAAUACUCACCGUAGUUAAUGGUGCUUAAAAAGUGUUUUCAUCAUGUGGAAAACUACAUGUAAGCUAACAGUAGGUUUUAAAACUGUAGGGAGCUCCCUGGCUGCAGAAAGAAUGACUGCUGGUGAUCUUGCAUUGCAGCCCUGCAGUGGUGUAGUGCAGGGCCUGUGCUUUCCAGCCAUAUGUAGAGCACAAGCUCCACAGGAUCUAGGGCUGGCCCCGCCAUAUGCAGCAUUUGAGCUGCUUUCUGUGUAGCAUCUAUGUAGCAUUGCUCAGGUGUUUACAGAGGCAAAGUUCAAGCAGUAGAAAGUGCUUUCAUCUACUGAUAAAAGAAGUUAAAUGUAUUUGGAUACAAAUCAUUAACAGUUUAGAUUGGUCCCUUUAAAUUUAUAUUCUGUAACAAGCUAGUUUUGUAGCCAGGUGUCCUCUUCCCUACCCCCAGAUCUCUGGGAUGAGGAGUAGCCAGCAGACUUUUCCAGUUACCAAGAACUAGGAUAUUACUCAGUAUCUGAGCUACUGUUCAGAUAAGGCAGAGAAAUGAGGCUCGUAAUGGAGAGGCAACUGGACAGUUCUUACUCUGUUCACAGCAGUGGUUGCCCAGUACUGGGGAAGUGCUUGGCACUGCUCCUUCCUAUAAAAAUGUCUAGGUCUCUGGCUCUGCAUCAGCAGAUUUUCCAUCACUUUGGGUCCUUCUCAGACUCUGCAGGGUUGCCUGCUCAAAUUGUAAAGCAAAAAAAAAAAAAAAAAAGCCCAUGUUGCUAAGCUCUGUUUUCUUU